GUUUAUAAAUCAGAGAUACCGUUAAAUUCGAUGGUCUAAUUAUUAUCCUUAAAUUCAUCAUAACGCCCUAAUUUUUAUAAAUUUGUUUCAACUAAGAGACAACUAUAUUUUACUUACUAACAUAAUUUUGUAUAUCACAUUAGAUUGUCAAACUUAUUUCAUACUUACGAUGUCUGGUCAAAUAAAACCUAUAAGUAAAUUAGAUAUUCAUAAAAUAUGUUCAGGACAGGUCGUUUUAAACUUGGCUACUGCAGUAAAAGAAUUGAUUGAGAACAGUUUAGAUGCAGGAGCAACGUUUGUUGAAUUAAAAAUAAAGGAAUAUGGGAAAGACAUGAUAGAAGUUACGGACAAUGGUUGUGGUGUCCAUCCUGAUAAUUUCGAAGGACUAGCUCUGAAGCAUCAUACAUCCAAAAUUCAAGAAUUUUCUGAUCUCAGCUCUAUAGAAACAUUUGGUUUCCGCGGAGAAGCUUUAAGUUCACUAUGUGCUCUUAGCGAUGUAAUAGUAACAACAAGGCACACAUCCCAGCCAUGUGGCACUAAGCUUGUAUUUGACUAUCGAGGUCAUAUUAAAAUUAAAGUACCCUGUGCCAGACAAGUAGGAACUGCAGUUACGUUAACAAAUUUAUUUUCAACACUGCCUGUGAGAUAUAAAGAAUUUCAUCGUAAUUUAAAAAAAGAAUUUGGAAAAAUGAUUCAAGUAGUUACAGGAUAUUGUUUAGUAGCUACACAAGUCAAAAUAUUAUGUUCUAACCAAACAAAAUCUAAUAACAACAUUAUUCUUUCUACUCAUGGAGGUAAUACUGUUUUAGAAAAUAUUUCUUGUAUUUUUGGAUCCAAACAAGCUAGUAAUUUGUUAGAAUUUAAAAAAGUUAACCCGGAAGAAAUAGGUGAACAAGAAGAAAAUAUUUUUGAAAUUGAUGGUUAUGUGUCUAGCUGUGAUCAUAAUAGUGGAAGAAGUUCUAAAGACAGACAAUUUUAUUUUAUUAACUCUAGACCAUGUGAGCCAUCAAAGAUUAUUAAAACUGUUAAUGAAGUUUAUCAUCAAUAUAAUCAAAAUCAAUAUCCAUUUGUUUACUUAAAUAUUAAUAUAAAGAGGGCUGAAGUAGAUGUAAAUGUAACACCUGAUAAAAGACAAAUAUUUUUAACAAAUGAGAAUUCCAUAAUAUCAAUCUUAAAAAUGAGUUUAACUAGAUUAUACGAAACCAUCCCAUCUACAUACAAAAUAAAUACAUCUAUUUAUGAAUCAUUCUCAUUAAAAAGAUCACAUGAUGAGACCAUUUUAGAAAAUAGUAUUAUUAAACAACCAAAGCUGGCUACAAAUUCAAAUUUGAACCAACAAGAAAAUUCCAGUAGUCAUGUAGAUCAAAUUAAAGCCAAGCUUAGCCGAUGGAAAUCUGAAAAAUCUAAAGUAGUUACUACAAACAGAAUAGAUACAUUUUUACAAAAGAAACAUGAGGUUAAUGAUGAAGUUGAUAUAGAAGACAAAAAUGAAAACCAAGAAUCUAAAGUUGAUUUCUGUGUUAAAAAAUGUAAUUUCAUGCAAGAUAAUACUGAAGGAAACAAAACAACUGAAUUUGAAAAAAAGCAUUUUGUUAUUGAAAAAACUGAUUAUAAACAAUUUGAAACUAAAAAUUUUAAUUUGCAAAGUUUUUCUACUCUAACUCAUAAUUUAGUCGAAGAUCGUGAAAAAUCAUUUCAAACUGUAAAAUAUAAAAGUGAUCAUAGUGGUUCAACAGAUGAAAUGAAUAUAUCAUCUGUAGGUGAAGCUGAUGUAGACAUCGUUGACAGUUCAUCUUCGAAUACUCCUCAUAAAUGCAUCGAAAUAGAUAAAUCAAGUGCAACCGCAAGUAGAAGAGAAGUUGUUGUGAGAAUAACUAUUGAUGAAAUAGAACAAAGAUUAAAAAACUUAUGGAGUAAAGAAGUGAAAAAAAGAAAAGCAAAAACCCGAUUUUAUGCUGCAAUUGAUCCUAAUAAAAAUAAACAAGCUGAAAACGAAUUAAGUAAAGAAAUCACUAAAACUAUGUUUAGCCAAAUGAGUAUAAUAGGACAGUUUAACCUGGGAUUUAUUAUUACAAAACUCGAUGCAGAUUUAUUCAUAGUCGAUCAACAUGCUACUGACGAGAAAUAUAACUUUGAGACACUACAAAAAACCACUAAAAUCACAAGUCAAAAACUUGUUGUGCCACAACAAUUGGAGCUCACUGCUGUUAAUGAAAUGAUUUUAAUUGAAAAUAUUGAUAUUUUCCGAAUGAAUGGUUUCGAUUUUGAAAUUCAAGAAAGUGAAGUAACUACAAAAAAAGUAAAAAUGACCAUGAUCCCAAUGAGUAAAAAUUGGAAAUUUGGUAAAGAAGAUGUCGACGAACUUUUAUUUAUGUUGCAAGAUUCACCACAUACCCUAUGUAGGCCAUCUAGAGUUCGUUCUAUGUUUGCUUCUCGGGCUUGUCGUAAGUCUGUUAUGAUUGGGACUGUGCUAAAUAAAAAUGAUAUGAGAAAACUGAUAAAUAAUAUGGGAGUAAUUGAACAACCUUGGAAUUGCCCUCAUGGAAGACCAACUAUGAGACAUUUAGUAAACUUGGUGUUAUUAGAACAAAAAUUAGAGUAAUCAAUCGAGAGUAUAAAUAAAAAAGAAUGCAACAAUUGCAAAAGACUGAAUAAAAUUAUAAAAUCAUUUUUAGUUUGUAAACAGUAACUAUGUAUUUUAUGAAUAUAUAC